AAUUGAGUAGCUUAUUCAAGUAGUGAACAUAGAUUUGUUCGAGUAAGGAAAGAAGAACCUUCAGAAUAUAGAAUUGUAGAAAGAAAGAAGAAAAGAGAGAGAUCUGUGUGUAGAAGAAGAAGAAAUGAUGAUGUCAGGAAAAUAUACAACCAUUGAUAACCAGCAGCUUCAAGGAUCUGUUCCUGCCGUUCCAGAUCCACCAUCUGUAACCGUCAAGUUCACCGAUUCGAAUCUUCAGACAUUUCCCCCAUCCCAAGCUCAGGGGAAGAUUACCGGUGGUUCUAGGCCACCUCGUGAUGCAGAUGAUUCAUUUUCAAAACCUGUAUCUGGUUCUGAUGAACCCCAGCAGGGUGGUUGGCUUCGGAAUUUUGCAGUUGCUGCUUACAAACCAUACUUUGACGUUGACACUUCAGAUGUUUUGGAGAGGAUUAUAGACUCACUUUUUCCAUUCAGAGGAACUUUUAAUGAAAAAACUUCUACCAACCCUGAUUUGUAUGGACCAUUCUGGAUUUGCACUACAUUAAUAUUUGUAGCAGCGUCUAUUGGAACAUUUGUGACAUAUAUAGCACACAAGUUGAAGGAUAAGGAAUGGGACUAUGACAUAAAUCUGGUGACUUGGUCUGCUGGUUUGUUUUAUGGCUAUGUUACCAUCGUUCCUCUUUGCCUGUAUGUAAUCCUUAAAUACUUCUCUGUACCGGCGGGACUUGUUCAACUAUUCUGCCUAUAUGGAUAUUCCCUGUUUGUCUUUAUUCCAGCUCUGUGUAUGUCGAUUGUUCCACUGGAUAUAUUCAGAUGGGUGGUUGCAGGUGUGGCAGGGCUCAUGUCGGCAACAUUUGUCGCACUUAACCUCCGGGCACAUAUCAAGUCGGCAGGCGAAAGGUGGUUCUUCAUUGUUGCUGGCAUUUUUCUGUUGCAGUUGGCACUAUCUGUUGUAUUAAAGAUCUACCUCUUCACUGUAUCAGUUUAAAAGAAAACUUUGAAUGUGUGAAUGAAAUAUAUAUAACGACGAAAAAGCUUUUUGGCCGUUUAGGUACUCAUUAUUACGGUUUAGUUGAAAUAUAAUUCACAGAUUAAACCUUUGUGUAUUCAUUCAUUUGUGGCAAUAUAAUGUGAGUAACCUGUGAUUUUUUUUCAUAA